AAGUAUGCCAAAAAUAGGCAAAUUACGCGCGGACCGAAUGAAAAAGAAACGUGAUAACGUUGGGCGCUCUAGACAUCGCUUUAAGCUGCCAAAACAGCUUGAAGUACUUGUUUUGUAUGCAGCGAUAACGAACUGAGAUGACUGCUCAAAGAGGUUCCGCAAGGUUUAAGAUGGACAUGCAGGGUAUAUACCACAGUCGGGCAUCGAUGAGAACUUCAGAUGGCAAGCAAUUCAUUUACGAGCCGAGAAGAGUUAUGAUCAUCGAACUGUUGUGAGGCACCUUUAAUAUAUGGAAAUUUAUCGAUAAGCAGGAUCGUUGGUAAGUCCUGGUGGGAGCGUUAUGAAAAAGCCCGGGUUUUAGUGGCGGCCCAUAAUGCCCGGCACCAACUAACACACAGCUACGCAACACGUAGAUUUCUACAAGUUACGUAGUUUCUACAAGCGUCUCCACAUCGAUUGAAAAAACAAGGACUACGAUUUGUUGAUAGUGAUGUCUUAAAAGUCGAUAAACACUGAGUAACGUCGAGGAAGAUGUCAACAACGAUCCGUUAUGUUCCACCUGCAUCGAAUGGAAGGUCCAAAGAACAAAGCGAAGGAGUCAGCCAGGGGGAUUUUCGAUGACUUUCUUUUGAAAGGGUCUCAAAAUAUGGCUGGAUAAAUUUCCAAAGACCAGCCAUGAUUUGGUGUUUAAUUCAACCAAAACGCCGCACUUUGUCUGUCUGUGUAACAGGCGGACACUAGUAUCUAAUAUGCCGUAUUUUCCACAUACAUUUACGCAGAGAUCAGGAAAUGCUAAAGUGCGUGGGGCUGGAACUCCAACUAGCCAGGACAAUGCUACGGCAGCAACUUUUCAAAGGCCUGGAAAACUCUUCAGGAACACUACACGUCACACACCGCAGGCAGUUGUUCCGACAAGAUCUAUCCUCCCAACUUUUCGACCUUCACCUGAAAGGCUGCUCAUUGAAUAUUUACCAGAUCCUGGUCUUUUUAUUCCACAUCGUCGUCCGCCGUUAGUCAUCCCGGAUCCUGUAGUAGAGCAAAUUCUACAAUAUCUGACAUACCAGGACUUGCUGAAUCUUGAACAAGUUCAUAGCGCCAUUCAAUCUGAGGCACGUUCCAACUGGGCAUGGCGUCCACACUGUAUUGAUUUUAACGUAACUACUCUGCCGCAUUAUAUUUCGCCGAACCGACGGGACGCGUGGCGACAAGCGUUCGAAUACGAAAUUCUUAGGCCAGCUCAAAACUGGGUACGUAACAGGGCUUCUUCACGCAAGGUUAUCGAAGCUCAUCCGUACGCCUUCUUGGAAACGCUAACCUUAGCUGGUAACAGAGCGAUUUCCACUGGUGACGACGGUUCGAUAACUUUUUGGGAUAGUGACACCGGCGAAUCUAUUAGUCACUUUGAUAUGGACGUCAACGAUGACGGCAACUACUGUCAACUCAUACAUGUUUUCGGACGUCGAGUUCUCACAGGCAGUCGUUCCGGGGAAAUAAUGGAAUGGGACCUGAAUACAGGGAUGCCUGUCAAUAGGAUCCCGAGCCCCGUUGCUGGAAACAUUCGCAGUUUUGCCAUCUAUAAAAAUUGGGCCGCCUACUUGGAUGAAGUUGGCGAUCUUCAUUUAUGUGACCUGACAGACGAAGGACGAGGGCAAAGGCUAUGGGUAGGCCUCGAUGCCGUGAACGUUCUUCUCAACUCUAGAAGCGUUGUAGUUCACAGGGCAAACGGUUGGGUUCUAGGCGUAUCCUUGCAAGACUACGCGAUAACACAAUUUGUUGGUGCCUAUCAAACGAGGCCAUUGGAGGUCCUCUUGGACGACAUUUAUUUAGUCUUAGCCGAUCAAAAUCAAAUGCGAGUGUGGAACGCGCAAACCGGCGCAAUUAUUCGCGUAUAUGUACUCUUCCAGUUUCCAUUUAUCACCGAUCGCGGAGGACACCAAACGUUCCUCCACCACAUGUACAAAGGUUGGGUCGCGGUUAGCAACUCGGACAUGCUUUGGCUGUUCGACCUCGGCAACGACAGGCUUGUCCUCAGAGUAGCACGCGGUGCCAGCACCGUGCAGUCCGCUAGAGUUGGCGACUUGUUUCUCGUUGUUGGGGACAAAAUGGGUUACGUAAGAUUAUACAAUCGUGACACUGGAGCCUUCCUCUGCAACCUAUGCUCUCCACCCGAGCCAGAGUGCGUGUACAAGAUUCGGAUCGACAACAAACGACUGCUGGUGGGAGGACUUAGGAACGGAGUGUCAACACUAAUGUUCGUUAACUUCGCGGAUUCGCAGCCACCUCCACUAUCGUUACUGGUGGACCCAAGUGAUUUUGAAGAAACUACUGAUGAAAGACAAAAUUAAUUGACCCGAGCUAUCAAUCAAGCUACCCAAUAAACUUAUUAUUAGUUAUUUGAUUUUA